UUUGGCAUUCCGCAUUGGCAGUUUGGCAGAUUGAAUUGAAUUCGAUUGGGUUUGUUGUGUUACACCUAUGGCUAGGGUUUUUUUAUUCUUUUGGUUUUCUCAAUUCUUUCGUACUGCGGAAUUGCAAUUGAAGAAUUUCCUUUCGCUUUGCAUUUCCAAUAAUAUUAGUUAAUUAUUUUUGGUGCCGUGCCUUGAUGAAAUUAUUGGAGUGGUUUAUGAAACAUUUGGUGUAUUAAGUAUAUAGAAAAUAUAGAAUGUGGUAAAAACUGACGACAUUGAUCACGCUAUAAUCUCUACAGAUUUGAACAAUAUUUUAACUUGAAUGGGAAUAAAAAUAUGAAAGAUAUGAAUUCGUUAGGCCAGAACAGCAUUUCAGACUUGUUGAAAUUAGCCAGAAAAUUCAACUGUUUUUACUUGUCAGGUUUACAUCAAGGAGUAUGUAAACCAUUUAUAGUGGCUGGUCGCCAAGUUGGUCUUAUUAGAUCCGAUGUUAUGAAACAUCUUCAAAGAUUUCCUGAGAUAUUCAGUAUUAAUGAUAAAUAUGUGGAGCUUAAUCCAGCAUUUCGUGAUUAUAAAGAAAGAACAAAUAAAGUUGCUGAAGUUUUAAACAAAUUAAGAAAAGAAAAUGAAAUUUGUGCUCUAAAAGGUUGGAGAGAUGAGUGUUUUGAAGUAAGUACGCCAUUCUAUCAUGAGAGCCUGCUGGAAAUGGACCGCAGUGCCAUUUGCCUGUUUGGAAUCAGAAAUUACGGUGUCAGUGUUACUGGAUACUUGCAGCAUCCCACCAAAGGAUUGUGUAUUUGGCUGCAACAAAGAAGUUUUACUAAACAAACUUGGCCAGGCAAAUGGGAUUGUUUUGUGAGCGGCGGUCUCGCUGUUGGCUAUGGCAUAUUAGAGACAACUAUCAAAGAAGCGGCUGAGGAGGCUUCUGUCGAAGGAGAUCUGGCUAAAAAACUAAUCCCAGCUGGCUGUGUUAGUUUUUUCUUCGAGAGCGAAAGGGGUCUCUUCCCUAAUACGGAAUAUGUGUACGACUUGGAACUCCCGCUGGACUUUAUGCCGCGCAACGCAGACGGUGAAGUGGAAAGUUUCGAACUGCUGACCGCAGACGAGUGUAUCCAGAGGGCACUCACGCCCCAAUUCAAAACCACAAGUGCCCCAGUCCUGAUGGAUUUCUUGAUACGUAAAGGGCAUAUCAAUCCUGAAAAUGAGCCAAAUUACCGAUACUUGGUGGAGUUGCUACAUGUACCUUUGCAGUCUAUAUACAACUGGCCUUAUACACUGACAAACACCAUUAAUAAUGGAGACAACGAAAAUUUAUUAAAUGCUAAAUAGAUUAACUUAAUGCCAUGUAAUCGAAUUUUAUAGGAAACAUUUUCUCAGAACCUAGUGUUUAGAAAUAUUUUAAAACUAUGAGUACCAAUACUUAAUUUUGUACCUUAUUAACUCAUGGUAUAAGUAAUUUUAGCAAAAAUCUUAGCUAAGGCUCCCAGAAUACUUAAGCAAACUUUAAAUAAUAACUUAUUUAGCGAGUUUGCUGUUUAUGAUAGAAUGAUUCGGGAAUUUGACCAAAUUCAGAUAUAGAGUACUGUUUGGAUACAAUGAUAGCAGUGUGUAUGCGCAGAAUGCAAACUUCUUAAACCUCAGGCGAAUUAUCUAUAAAAUUACUAGUUGAACAUUAUUUUUGCACACACUUGUACAAAUAAAGUAGGAGUGAGUUUCUAUACAUAACAAGUAUACAUAAUGUUUCCAUUUACCAUUUCUUUGUGGUUUUCAUACAAAAAUAUAAAAUAUAAAUCGGCAUUUAUAUUUAUUUCACAGUCAGUAUUUCAUGUAAGUUAUGUAGUAUCAACCUACUUAUCAAGCUAUUCGUCUUUCAUCGGACAGAAAUAUUAGAAUGUCAUUCCUGAUUCAUAUUUUUCUCUCAUAUUUCGCGGAGUUAGCAUUACGCGCGUAAACGCUAGAAAGAUGUAGGUCUGCAUAGUUUAGCUAGGUAUCGUUACGUUCUGUGAUACUUUACCAGUUCGGUAUAAGACAUUAUAUACUAUUAGUUUGAUUUGUUUUCAAUUUCGUGUGAAUAUACUUAAAAGCUUGAUUGUAUUUAUUGUAUUUUUUAAUCUUGGUUUUAUUAAAUAUUUUGUAGUCUAUGAACAUUUUGUAAAACAAAAUUAUCAAUGUAUGAAUGUUAUUCAUGUUUAUUGAACAUUUAGGUACUUAGGUGCUACUUUCUUACUUGGAUAUGUAGUACCUACUACGUUAAAAGAGACUACACGCAUGUAAAAUAGUCUAGUCAGUUGACAAACGGCGAAGAAAUAUUGGUUGAUAGCUUCGUUACUUAAUAAAAUGUUAUUUAUACCAUAUUUACAUGUACACCGAAGGUUCAAAUUAGACUGUUGGGAGGCCUAUGUUAUACUUAAUAUACGUACAUUAUUCGUAAACGUAGACAUGAAUAUAAUUUAAUUAAAAAAUUCUAAAUAAUACUGUUUAAGUAUUAUUUCAGCUGUGUCAUUAUGAUCUAAGUUAGUUUUGUAUACAAGUAUCCAUACGGAAGUGGCGGUAUUAAAGCCAGUGAUUGCCUGUAGAUUAUUUUAUUUUUAUUAAAAUAAUAUACACGUUGAAGCCCCAACCUUCGAAAAAGUUGACACAAGUAAUCACUUAAAUUAAUUGAUUUUGUAUAUUUACCCAAAAAUAGUUUUUAUGAGUAUUAUUUUGUAUUACAUUUUGGCACAGUUGAAAUAAUGGAGGUGCCGACUUUGAAACACGAUUUAUGAUAAUACCUAUAGGAAUGUAGACUUGUAUGCGUAAAAUAAAGAUGUUGAAAAAUAAUAUACCGCUAGUUGUAUUUGGCUAAUUUUCGUGUUUACAAUUAUUGGCAAGUAAUAAUGUAAGAUGUGUACAAGUUUUGCACGUGAAUUGUUGUGACAGUCGAAAAGGAUUUUUAGAUUUAAUAUGUCCCCAGAAUGUAGGGGAUGCUGUGUCAGGUUGACUGAUAUAAUGAUAAACAUUUCUUGACAUCAAUAUAAAAUUCGAUUAAGAUGAUAAAAGGCAUUUUGCCCCAAUUAUAAUGAAAUGGUAGUGGUAAGACUAAACUUGAUCAAUAAAGUUACUUACGGUCGCUACUUUUAAAAUGAUGUUUAAGUGAGCAGAGCAGAGUAAUAAAGGAAAAUGCAUUUACUUAUUAGUAAAAACAACAAAAGCAAAACGAUGACGGGACUUUUAAAAAUCUUGCGAUAACCGGUGCGGCCUACGCCUGACUCGGCAUCCUAAAUUAGUUUUUGCAAGUGAUGCAAUAAGUAACAGCAAUGAAUGUCGAUAUUUUUAUGUCUUUUUGUAUUGGAUAACUAUAUCUUGGAGAAAUAUUUGUCAGUAGUUACAUAGCAUUGGAAAAUAUGUUUGUAAAUAGCACAGAACAUCUUGAGUGGGUAACGUGGGCUUCUUAUUAUUGCUCUGUAUCUUUAAUACACUGCUGAUUACUAGUUUAUCCAAAUAUCUUUUAUCAAUGAAUAUAUCACAGUCAAAGGCAAGAUGAAGUCACACGAGUGAAUUUCUCUAUUGUGUUUGUAGGUAUACAAAUUCCUCAAAAAGAAAUACAAGAAAUGUAAGUGGAUGUGAUAAAUGUCAAAAUAUACAGAUUGGCACUCACAAGUAGGUAGUUCGAGAUCUUGUAUAAAAGCAACAAACUUAUUAUUUGUAAGUUAUUUUUGUGACGAGAGAAGAUUCACUGCCUUGGAGUACCAAAAAGUUCCCGUAUUGGCAUAUCUGGCAAUGUCUCUUGUCAAACAUCCUCUUGUACCUAUUUCCAAGAAUGGGAAGACUCGUUUCUAAAAAGAUUUUUAAAGCGUGGGAACAUUGCGGUUUUGUAUACAUUUUUAUAGGCCUUGUUACUGACGAAAGAUUUUGUACGAUAUAGGAUAAAGAAACGAGUGUACACAUAUAACCUAUUUGCGAUAGUAGUUAUAGAUAGUGUUUUCCUAAAAAUUAAACAGAUAAAAUAUGCUUAA